AGCAAAUCUGCUGCCUUUCUCACUGCUGAUACAGAUUAUACAGACGCUUGCCUUUUUGAAAUGCCUUUUGUGAAACUGAUGUACACAGUCCUCCACUGUUACUGUACAUAACUGUAUAUUUGAGGAAGGAAUUUGACAAGUGAUUGUUAAUUCAAGAAAUCUUUGGACAAGCACUCACUUAUGUAUUGCUGUAGUGCACAAGAAAGCAAAAUGGACUAUAAGCGGCGCUUUUUGCUUGGCGGGUCCAAGCAAAAAGUGCAGCAACACCAGCAGUAUCAAAUGCCUGAGCUAGGCAGGACCCUGAGCGCACCGCUGGCAUCUACAACCCCAGCAUCCCCUUUGGUCUCCUCAGCUGCUGCGGGCGGCUGCAACCACCCUGUGUCCCAUACUACUCCGAUCGCAGACAUCCAGCAGGGAAUCUCCAAAUACCUGGAUGCACUCAACGUGUUUUGCCGUACAAGCACUUUCCUUACAGACCUUUUCAGCAGUGUAUUUAGGAACUCGCACUAUUCUAAGGCAGCUAUGCAACUGAAAGACGUGCAGGAACAUGUCAUGGAAGCAGCGAGUCGACUCACAGCAGCAAUAAAACCAGAAAUAGCAAAAAUGCUGAUGGAACUGAGUGCAGGAGCUGCAAACUUUAAAGAUCAAAAAGAGUUCAGCCUACAAGACAUUGAGGUGCUUGGACGAUGUUUCUUGACAGUGAUGCAGGUCCACUUUCAGUUCCUGUCACAAGCUUUGCAGAAGGUCCAGCCAGUGGCACACUCUUGCUUUGCUGAAGCUGUAGCUCAGGAGAGAAAGAACAUUAGUGGGGCUGGAGCCUCAAAUUUAAGCCCCACAACUGAGCUAGAAGAUGCAAUACGAUCAUGGAGAGGAGCAGCAGAGGCCACAUCUCGACUGCGAGAAAGAGGCUGUGAUGGAUGUUUGGCAGGAAUUGAGGUUCAGCAACUUUUCUGCUCACAGAGUGUGGCAAUCCCUGAACAUCAGCUCAAAGAGCUAAACAUGAAAAUUGACAGUGCUUUGCAGGCUUACAAAGUGGCUUUGGAGAGUUUAGGCCACUGUGAAUAUGCAAUGAAGGCUGGCUUCCACUUGAACCCAAAAGCUAUUGAAGCAAGUCUUCAGGGCUGUUGCAGUGAAGCUGAAGCCCAGCAAACAGGAAGGAGACAGACUCCACCUCAGCCAAUUCAGUGUGAACUGCCCACUGUACCUGUUCAGAUAGGAUCACAUUUUCUGAAAGGAAUAUCCUUUAAUGAGUCUGCAGCAGAAAACCUGAAGCUGAAAACGCACACAAUGCUGCAGUUGAUUAAGGAAGCUGGAUGCCAUAAUGGACUUACACCACGGGAUGACUCUCCUGUUACUGAAGUACUAAAUCAAGUUUGCCCUUCCACUUGGCGAGGAGCCUGCAAAACUGCUGUACAAUUGUUAUUUGGCCAAGCUGGGCUG